AGUCGAAUUCAUUGUAUUGUGAUUUGUAUGUACUUGUCAUUUCACCCGAAAAGCAUGCCUUCGCAAGAACAAAAGCUACACUUUGUCCUGUUUCCAUUGAUGGCCCAAGGCCACAUGAUCCCUAUGAUGGACAUCGCCAAAAUAUUGGUGCAACGCAAUAUUAUUGUGACAGUAGUCACAACGCCACAUAAUGCAUCUCGUUUCACCUCAAUCUUUGAUCGUUAUAUUCAGUCUGGCUUUCCCAUCAGAUUAGUUCAAGUUCAAUUCCCAUGUGAAGAAGCAGGAGUACCACAUGGGUGUGAGAAUCUCGAUAUGAUACCUUCACUAGGCACUGCCACAGGUUUCUUCCAAGCAACAAGCCUUCUGCAACAACCGGUGGAAAAACUAUUUCAAGAGUUAACACCAGCACCAAGCUGCAUCAUAUCUGAUAUGUGCUUACCAUAUACAUCCCACAUCGCCAAAAUAUUCAAUACUCCAAGGAUUUCUUUUGUCGGAGUAAGUUGCUUUUUUCUUCUGUGUAAGCAUAAUAUAAUGAUCUAUAAUGCUCUGGAGAGUAUAACGUCUGAGUCCGAUUUCUUUGUUGUGCCUGGUAUCGCUGACAAAAUUGAAAUCACCAAAGCCCAGUCUGCACAGCCGAUGAAUGAAAGCUGGAAAUAUUUUAGUAGUGAAAUUAUGGCUGCUGAAAUGGAUACUUAUGGGGUAAUCAUGAAUUCUUUUGAAGAAUUGGAGCCAGAAUAUGCAAGGGAUUACAAGAAGGUGAAAGAUGAUAAAGUGUGGUGCAUAGGACCUGUGUCUCUUAUUAACAAGGAUCACUUGGAUAAGGUUCAAAGAGGUAGGGAUUCAGUUGAUGAAUCUGAACAUAUAAAAUGGCUUGAUGGUCAGAAGGGAGGGAGUGUAAUCUAUGCAUGCCUUGGAAGCCUGUGCAAUUUAACAGCACCCCAGUUGAUAGAGCUUGGUUUGGCCUUGGAAGCAUCAGAAAGACCCUUCAUUUGGGUCAUCAGGGAAGGAAAUCAUUCAGCAGCAUUGGAAAAGUGGAUCGAGGAAAAUGGAUUUGAGGAAAGAACAAGUUGUAGAAGCCUUGUGAUUCGGGGUUGGGCACCUCAAUUGUUAAUAUUAUCACACCCUGCAAUUGGAGGGUUCAUAACACACUGUGGUUGGAACUCUACCUUAGAAGCCAUAUGUGCUGGUGUUCCAAUGAUUACGUGGCCACUGUUUGCGGAUCAGUUUUUGAAUGAAAGUUUUGUGGUGCACGUUCUAAAAGUUGGAGUGAAGGUUGGGGUGGAAAUUCAGAUGACAUGGGGCAAGGAAGAGGAAAUUGGCGUGGCAGUCAAAAAGGAAGAUGUUGAAAAGGCAAUAACGGAGAUAAUGGAUGUGACAAGUGAAAGUGAAGAAAGAAGAAAAAGGGUCAAAGAAUUGAGUGAGAUGGCUGAAAGAGCCGUGGAGAAAGGGGGAUCCUCUCAUUCUAAUGUCACCCUGCUCAUCCAGGAUAUCAUGCAAAAGAUCCAGAUAUAGAAGUGUGAUAAUCUCAUUUACCAUAAACCUAUUUAGUAUUUCCCUUAAUUCUCAUGUUCAUGAUCUUUUUCAAAUUUACUAAUUAUCUUCUAUCUUUUUU